UAGGCAUGGGCGCCGAGCAACAGUAAGCCUGGCUGGCGUUUUCUUGUUAGUUGCUGGAAGACACCCGUGCGUGCACCUCUACCACUGAGUGAGCGAGUAGAAGUCAGUCUUCGAAAUCGGCCCUUGACGCGUUUCUGGAUCUAAGAAAGAAUGUCCACUGUUAAAAAGAAGAUAAAUUAUACUUAUAUCUCUUGAAUUAUGAUACACAGAAGUGUUUAUGCAAAAAUCAAGUAGAGGAUUUAACAGAGCAAAUACAUUCCACUGGGAAUGGUUACGAUAGUCGGAGAUUCUUAUUAUUUAAGAGAUGUGUGUUGAGAUAUGUGUGAUGUUUUCUAUGUAUAGAAAAACCAUCCCUGUCGAUAUCAAUUCUUGGCAAUCUUUUACAACCUUCUCACCUCCAAAUUUCCACUGGGAUCGCUUAAUCUUCAAGCAAACUCUACGAUCGUUUGUAGUGCGGAGACCCGCAAGGAAAAUGGACAACGACGACAAGAAGACUAUCUCAGAUGCCCCAACACAAGCUUCGGCGACCCAUUCCGGCUCCAAUAAUCCUCUAGACCGGAAACUGUCGUCAGUACCGGAAAAGUCUCCGGAGUAUUCACCGGCUCGAUCAUCUGUUUCUUCCGAUCAAUCAUCUCUUAGUCAUGUAUUAUCCCCGACUGAAGAGAAGUUCCAGACGUAUACGCCUGAGAAUCCGCCUGGACAGGUGCCGGAGAGGUCUCCGUCGCCGGUGGCUAUGGUGAAUAGGUAUGUUCGGGAAGAGCCCGCGGUGGUGACGAAGGCGGAUCUAGGUACCGUAGCAGUGGAAGCUGGUGGUGGUGGUGGUGGUUGGAGUGGGAGGAAAUUGAGGCCGCCGCUGUCGACUUUGAGGAGAACGAAGAGAGAUAGAGUGUUGAAAACGACUGCUUUAGGGUUUAGGGUUUGUGGAUUUUUGUUCUGUUUGAUUUCGUUCUCCGUAAUGGUCGCUGACAAGAAUCAGGGUUGGGCUGUUGAUUCUUUCGACCGCUACAAGGAGUUCAGGUCUCUCUCUCUCUCUCUCUCUCUGUCUCACACACACACACACACACACACACAAUUCAAUAUCCGUAUAUGUGAGAAUCAGAAGUGUGUAAAAGCAUGUUGA